UGGACAGGUGAUAAGUGUCAUGAAUGCAUUAUGGCAUUAAAUAAUGUGCCCACAUAACAAUACCUGUGCUAAAGCCCCAGAUUUAUUAUUGGCUGCCAUCGUUACUGGCUCAGCUGCCAGGCUGCAGAACCAGAUCUGUAGAUCUGAUAUCACUGUGGAGUUCCACUCUAUACAAUGUCACCCAGGACCAAUUAAUACAGGGGAGACAGGUUAGUGUCACUGUGGCACUGGUGACAAACAUUUUUGAUUGCUCUUAAAUGCCACCAGGGGGGCUUGCUAGUACAUAAAAGCUGUGGCCCUGGGUCUGAGCUAUCAUUUGUAGACAUCUCCUUCAGAGAGAUCUGUACACUCAAAAAUAGCAGGAGCUGAAGUUCAUGUGAAAUAGGCAAAACUUAUAGACACUGGAUUUGUUACCUAGGAUAAUACUUGGAUAAGGUACUAGUAAGCCAUAUUAAGUCAUCUGACUUGAGCUGUGACAUCAAGGAAAGCAUUGGAUUUAUUAUCAGGCAGUGAUAGAUUCAUAUCCAGGUUGUAGAUCAAGUUACUCAAAACUAUAAAAAAACCAGAGACUUUGAAGGUUUUACUGAACAACAGGGAUAGGAUCCACAAUUGAUGAAGCAUCGACUUUCAGUGUACUUGAACAAUGUCAUGUAUCUUUUGUGAUUAACUGAGUGUCUGAGAUUUAGAACUAGAGCAGCAGAUUUUCCAGGACAGCAUUAUCCUUUGGCUUUAUACUUAGCCCACCAUGCCAGCUGCCAUGGAGGUUUUGAACUCUCACAGAGAAAUUGGUGUGCAGACCAACAUCGUACUGGGGACUCUCAACGUAAAGUUUGUUAUCCAAGACAGUGAAGAGGAUAUGGUAUUUAGCCGACAGUUCUCUGGAGUAAAGACAAACACCGUCUUUAAUGGUAGCAGCUGUAGGAGUGAGGAAGCAGAUUCUAAUGGACAGGCAACGUCUUCGCCUCUGACCCCUGUGACUUCUCACCAGAGGGCAGCACUUCAGCAGAACUUCCCACGGCUCAGCGAGAAUCCAGGGUUACCAUUAUACCCACCACUGAGUGUGAUUCCAUCGUACGGACAGUCUGCAUUCCCAACACUUCCUACAUCAGUUCUCCCAGCUGGAGUGGUGACCUCCUCACCGCUACCUCAGCCAAGACAACCCCCAUCCCAACCAGCCACCAGGUCGGAACAGAUUCUUCGCAGUAUUCAGCGAUCAGUUGGAAGAGAAACUCUGCCGCUUGCUUCGAAACAGAUCCUUCGUAAACCCAGGAAGGUCGUGAACCCUCGUCCCAGAAAUCUGUUAUCUCGUCCCUGGUUGGCUAAUGCAGUGCGUGCUGCAGCAGUUGCCUCUGUACAGAAUGGACAUACAGGUGACUCCCAAAGCUCUGCUGCUGUACCUGUGUCGCAACCAACAGUCAGUAGUAGUAACAGUAAUACUAGUAACCCAGUUCGUUGCAGUAGUGUUGAAGUGGGAGAAAUUACUGAAUCUGGACGUGAACUAAAGGAAAAUGACAGCAGCAGUAAGCUAAAGAUAUCAAUGACUGUACAAGGACAUGACAAUGAGGAAACAGAAAAGAGAGAGUCUAACACCAGGAGUGUCUGCCAUAGAUUGGAUGAUACCAAAAAUGACAUUGAUGUCAGCACCAAAGACAGCAAUAUUGUUCACAAGUCACAUGAAAGCAUGAACAGAAACAGCCUCCACUCUCCCAGCUCAGAGGGGGACAGUGACACUGCAUCUGUGACUGUGAAAGAAGAGCCACAUGAGGAGGACUUUGAAUCGUGUCAUGUUACAAACUCAUCUGACUCUGAAGGACAGAAUCUCGAUACCCAUGAUUUCUCACCUGUAGGUGGUGACACCAGUGUAGAUUCAUCCAUGAUGAGCCCAAACGGAAAUCAGGUUCAUGAUCACAGAGAAAUCAGUCCCACUACUAAAGUGACCUCAUCUAAUCCUACACCCACCAUUGAUUCUGCAGUGAACAGUCUAGCAGCAUUAUCAGGAAUGAACUCGGAACAUUUCUUUGAGAAUUUCAUUGGUCGAAAUCUGCAUGGAGCAGCUCUGCAACAAGACCCUGUGCAAAGACGGCACAGCUUUGAAAAUGGCUCAUCAGUUUUCCCUCCACAUGGUGCUUUUCCUCACCAGGAUGUACGGAAUUCAGAGGACUUGAACUCAUCAGCGCCAGUAAGUUCAUUUUUCACUUCAUAUCAGCCCAAAGGUACAUUUCUGAACAAAGAGGAGAGAGACCAGAGAAAGGAACGCUAUAAGGAAUUUUACAGGGAGCUGACAAUUAUAGACAAUGAAUCUGGAAGACGCAAACCAAAAUUUGAGUGCCGUCUGUGCAAUGCUGUCUCAUCUCGCAAAGAUCGCAUGAUUGACCACAUUGAGUUCAAACACUUCAACAUUCGCAGUUAUCCUUGUGAUGGGUGCAAUGUUAAAUUCAGUACAUACUCAAAUCUUGCCCAGCACCGCAAAAAACAGCAUGGACUGGACGGAGUGGACAUCCCAAGGGGUCAGGCAGCUUAUAACGAGCAGGGAUUAAGAGUGGACAAGGCUCGUCAUGUGAGACACCUGUUCUUUAAGAUCCAGGACUAUAACAACACAGGAUUUAUGAACAGGUCUUAUCAGUGUAAGUUGUGUAGUUAUAGGUCAACUAGGACUGAUCGCAUGGUCAUACACAUUGAGGCUCACCACAGGGAGUACAUGUGUAGUAAAGACUGACCACUACAUACACACUGAGGCUCACCACAGCAAAACCUUUGAAUACUGUUAAUUUUUAUUCAUUUUCUUUUGCAAUAGGCUACAACCUAGUUAAAUGACAUAUUUUGCCAGCAAUGCUGGUUGUUUAAUAUCAAUUAUUUUGGUUUUGAAGUCAUUAUAUUUUAUAAGGUAGCAUUUCUAAAACUUGAUUGUUGUAGGUUUUCUCUACAAUUUCACCAUUGGUAACUCAAAGGAUUUGGAUGUGUAGCAGUGCCACUGCUCGUUUCCAUACAGAAAUGAAUUGUGUAACCAUUUUUAUAACAGCUUUUAUACUUUCCUUUUGACAAAGACUGUAAUUUGACUUGUGAAGUCUCAAUUCAUAGAUAUGCCUUCUAUUUUAGGAUAGAAAUAGUUUUUGUACACAGUACAUUUGACAGCUGUUGCUUUGUAUCAAAGUGUGUUUUAAUUUACUGACAGAUUCAAACUUCCUUUUAUUAUUUUCUCAAUUUUUUUCAUUUGAUAUAGAAAUAGAUCAUCUUAUAAAGGACAAUCUUACUAGAAAAUUGUUCACAACAAUGAAGCAUGGCCAUGACUUGACUUGUACCAUGUAUUUUGUAAGGGUUUGUUUGAAGACGUGUAGCUUUUUGUAUGAUGCUUUUAACAUAUUUGUUAUCUUGGAAUGUUUUUAGUAAGCAACACUGAAAAGAAUUUUCAUUAAAUUAGAUAUGGCCUUGCAUAUUAUGGAAUUGUAGUGUUAGAGAUGGAAAGGAUAAUUCAUUCACCAUGAAUUAACGGGCAUUGUAAAAGUUAAAGUAUAUUGUGCAAUUUACCAAAUGAAGAGAAGUACAUAAGGUUGUACAGAACUGUGGAGUGUUGAGAGGAGAUUGUGCUGGUCAUUGUGUUAGGUGAGCUUGAUGACAUUGUGCUAGGUGCUGAUAUGAGUUGGAUGACUUUGCGAUUGCUUAGCUUUCGUUUUCGGCAAACUUUUUUUACCCAAAGUGUGUAAUGUGCAAUUUAAAGUUUUUAAAAUAUCUAAGGUUUUCAUUCAUUUGACACAAGGAUAAGAAAAAGAAAUGUGCAAUUUUAACUUAAAAACCUGGAAAAAGUACAAGGACAGAAUUAUUUGUUAUUUUAAGUGUUAUCAGUGAACUUCUUAACUUUACAAUUUGUGUAUAUGUUUUCAGUAGAAAUGUAUAUUUCCGUGAGGUUUAAAAUCGACACAAGUCCAUUGCACUGGUUCAAUUGUACGAAGUUUGGUUGGAAACAAAUGAAUAAAAUGUUUGAAUAUAUUAA